ACUACGCUUUCUAAACAUCGAUCGCAAGUGGCAUACUAGGAAGGAAAACUUCAAAACAAGCUUUACCCAAUUUUCUUCCUGUAGAAUUUUCAACUUCCCAAUAUUCAAAACCGCAUCUUUUUUUAUCUUCACUUUCUGGGGUGUUUUUUGUUUUCACCAUGGAAUCAAAACCUGCGAGGUUUACGCUGGGGAAGCAAUCAUCGCUGGCCCCAGAACGCCGCAACGAAGAAGCAGAGCUUCAAAGUGAUGGAGACGCUGUUGAUCCAGGAGUGAGGUUGAUGUAUUCAGCAAAUGAAGGCGAUCUUGAUGGUAUCCGUGAGGUGUUGGAAUCGGGUGUGAGCGUGAAUUUCAGGGAUAUUGAUUAUCGCACUGCUCUUCAUGUUGCAGCGUGUCAGGGUUUCACUGAUGUUGUUGAUUUGUUGCUCCAAAAUGGUGCUGAGGUUGACCCUAAAGAUCGAUGGGGGAGCACGCCACUUGCAGAUGCUAUUUUUUAUAAAAACAAUGAUGUGAUCAAGCUAUUGGAGAAGCAUGGAGCAAAGCCUCUGAUGGCCCCAAUGCAUGUCAAUCAUGCACGUGAAGUCCCAGAAUAUGAAAUCAAUCCUAAAGAGCUUGAUUUUACCAACAGUGUGGAUAUAUCAAAGGGGACUUUCUGUAGUGCAUUGUGGGGUGGGACAGAGGUUGCAGUAAAAAAGCUUGGGGAGGACGUACUUUCUGAUGAGGAGAAAGUGAAGGCUUUCAGAGAUGAGCUUGCUCUGUUCCAGAAGAUCCGCCAUCCAAAUGUAGUUCAAUUUCUGGGUGCUGUGACCCAGAGUAGUCCGAUGAUGAUUGUGACAGAAUAUCUUCCCAAGGGAGAUCUUCGUGAUUUCUUGAAAAGAAAAGGAGCUUUGAAACCAUCAACAGCAGUGAGAUUUGCACUUGAUAUUGCUAGGGGAGUUGGUUAUUUGCAUGAAAAUAAGCCAUCACCCAUUAUUCACCGUGAUCUUGAGCCUUCUAAUAUAUUGCGGGAUGAUUCUGGAUACCUAAAAGUUGCAGACUUUGGUGUUAGCAAGUUGCUGGCAGUUAAGGAAGACAAGCCUCUAACUUGCCAAGAUACUUCCUGCCGCUAUGUGGCUCCUGAAGUUUUCAAACAAGAAGAAUAUGAUACCAAAGUGGAUGUAUUCUCAUUUGCACUAAUUCUGCAAGAGAUGAUCGAAGGCUGCCCACCUUUUUAUGCAAAGCAAGAAGACGAGGUUCCUAAGGUAUAUGCUGCAAAAGAGCGGCCUCCUUUCCGAGCUCCAGCCAAGCGUUAUUCCCAUGGUAUUCGAGAAUUGAUUGAAGAGUGCUGGAAUGAGAAUCCAGCAAAGAGGCCAACAUUUAGACAAAUAAUAACAAGGCUGGAGUCUAUCUACAACACAAUUGGUCAAAAAAGACGUUGGAAGGUUAGGCCAUUGAAAUGCUUCCAGAAUCUGGAAGCCUUGCUGAAGAGAGAUCAUUCAAAUGCAAGCAGUCGCGGUGGUUCAUCUCGCUCCACAUCAAGCCGAUAAUGAAGCACAGCAUUGCUCUUGUCAGAUAAAAAUAGCAAGCAGAUUUGACUUCUUGAGUUCACUUUGCAACGUUUCCGAGUGUAUUCACAGGUUCAUGAUUGUAUUUUCAGCUUUCAAGAUUUUUUUAUACUUUUUCAAGGAUUUUAUUUCCAAUUGCAUUAUGUCUGGUCAUAAAAUUGUAUGUAACAAACUCAUUAUAGGAAUUUGCUCCUGGUAAUGUACAUUACGUAUGUAUGUAUGUAUAAUAUAGCAAGACUUUUUAUUUUUU